AGCGACUUGAAGCAGUAAAGUGCACCUGCAGUACCCCUGUCCGGGCCCUGGUCGUUAUUGUAUCUGCACCUUGUCAGCCAAUCAAAGAAGCACAACUACUUCGGUCAAACCCUUUGCCUGCGAUUCCUUGGCACUGGCUCGCUUCUGGCCUCUCUUUCUCUUGACCACCUCUACGCAGUAGUCUCUCUUUCUCUCGUCGUUUCUUGGCCCGGCUAGUUAAUUACUUGACAUCUGCUUCUUCUCCAAGCUAGAAAUCCAGUUGCGCGAUAAUACCAUCGGUCCUGGACACGAAAAUAGCCACACGUGGUAAUUCUCUUACGACCACUACCCGACACGAACGAAACCACAGACCUCGACACGACCACCAUGCCUAUUUUCUUGGUAUCGUGAACUGAACCCUCGCCUUCCCCCCACGUUUUUCGUUCCUCGGCCGACCUCGACCUCAUUUCGAUCUACGUCUUCUCUGCCAAGACUAUCUCCUUUCCCGACGACAACUUCUCAACGCCCACACGAGCACGACGACAACACAUAGCUGUCGAGGCUGGUAGCCACCCGGUGAUUCGAUACAUCGGCACCUCUUGGGCCAGCUAGUGGACGAUGUCGACGACUCCCACUGCGACACCCUCAGGCUCGGCCACCCUGACGGGUACCCUCGCGUCGUCUCUCGCCUCCUCGCUCUCGACCGCUCUCUCUACUACACUCUCUGCGACAUUGAGUUCCAAUGGAACUAUAACAUCCACAUCGAGUGCUUCGCCAACAUCAGAUACUGCCUCUGCUACAACAUCAGCGCUCAAUGUCGCAGGUAGCGAGAAGUACCAAGGAAUUACGCUCGUUGCGUUCCUCACUGCCCUGGCCACCGGUUUGGUGGUCUUCGCCAUCCAAAUCCUCGCCUUUCUGCUUUUAAGAAACAAGAUUGCGCGUAUCUUCAAACCGAAAACGUACCUCGUUCCUGAGCGCGAAAGAACCGAAUCACCUCCUAGCGCACCAUGGAGUUUAAUCAGCACGCUGGUCAGAUACAACGAUCGCGAGAUCAUCAAGAAGUGCGGUUUGGACGCCUACUUCUUCUUACGAUACCUCCGAACCCUUCUCACCAUUUUUAUCCCAAUUGCGGCAAUCGUCAUUCCCAUUUUGACUCCGCUGAACUAUAGCGAUGGCCAAGGCCACGAUCUCGUUGACGAGGCCAAGAAUGACAAGAAUGACACUACCAAUGGCACGAGCUCUUCAUCAGUCCGUCUCAUGGCCAGAGCCAACAACGACGCUACGACAGUGCCUACCGGCCUGGACACUUUGGCAUGGGGCAAUGUGGGUAAGACUCACACCGGUCGUUACUGGGCACACUUGAUUCUCGCAUUGCUCGUAAUCAUUUGGGUCUGCACAGUCUUCUUCUUCGAGCUGCGCGUUUAUGUCAAAGUUCGUCAGGACUACUUGACAAGUGCCGAGCAUAGACUCCGUGCCUCUGCCACAACUAUCCUUGUCAACAGCAUUCCUUCCAAGUGGUUGACCGAAGAGGCUCUUAGUGGUCUAUUUGAUGUUUUCCCUGGUCAAAUUCGAAACAUCUGGCUCAACCGCGACCUAACUCCACUGCUCGAAAAGAUUCAGCAGCGGGAAGACAUCCAUCUGAGACUCGAAUCCGCUGAGACAGAUCUAGUCAAAGCUGCGAAGAAGAAGCAACUCAAGAGGAAGAAACAGGAAGAAAAGGCUGCGAGAAAAGCGUCCAAGUCCAAGGGCCCAUCGAGGCAGGAGCAGGCUCUCAGGAGACAGGCAGAAGAUGCUGAGGCUAAGAAGAGGGCUGAAGCUGGUCAAGGUGUUAGUUCCGGCGAACAUGACGAGGUCCCUCAUGACAUCAGCGCCGUCAUCAACGAGAAUCGCGACGAUGCAAAGUCAAGACGCUCGAGCACUUCAUCUUCGAGCUCAUCCGAAGAUGGUAAUCGACCCCAGUCUAAGGGCUUUGGGCUGGGCCUUAUCGGCGACGGCGUCACCAAGGUUGGCAAAGGUCUGCUUGGUGGCCUUGGAAAGGCUCAAAAAGAAAUCAAGGAAUUCACUGAGGAUGUAGACGACACCGUUGAGACUACCAACGGCUUCGCGAUGCUGCAUCCUGACAACCGCCCGCGCAAGGUUCAAAUUCUGGCCGAAAACGACCGACCCGCCACGCCCAAAAGCACAAAGGACACCACGGAGCAAGUCGAGCCGCUUACAAACACUGAGACGCACAAGACUCACUCUAGAAACGUUUCUGCGGUCUCUCAGGAAACUGCCGAUCCCAACUACAAGCGAAGCUACGAGCCAUUUGGCAACGGCAACACCGUCCGCAAAGUCAGCAACCUGGAUCACAUGUACGAUCAGGAAACGCGUAAAUUCUGGCAAUUUUGGAAGGCCCCUGCCGGUGGCUACGCGUCUCCUGUGCCUCAGGGAUUCGAUGGCGGAGAGUACCCAUUCAACCAAAAGAAAGACAAGACCUUGUGGCAGAACAUCAAGUCUUAUAUCCCCUUCAUGGGCGACGACGAUCAAAUCCCCGUCGACUAUCCCGAAUGGAAUGCUGUCGGCGGCGAAUACAAGAAUAUCUUGGAUGAUGACGCAGAAUGGCGCAAAUGGGUCAAGGAGAAGGACAGGCCGACUCAUCGACUUCCGCGCUGGGGUUUCCCAAACUGGCUCGCAUGGCUCACAUUUGGCCCCAAGGUUGACACCAUCUACUGGUGCCGCUCUGAGCUGGCCCGUCUGAACGUCGAGAUUGAAGACGACCAAGCACACCCAGAGCGGUACCCCCUCAUGAACUCUGCUUUCAUCCAAUUCAACCACCAGGUCUCAGCGCACAUGGCUUGUCAAAGUCUCAUGCACCACAUUCCAAAGCACAUGUCACCUCGAAUCAACGAAGUUUCGCCAAAGGAUGUCAUUUGGGACAACAUGGCCAUGAAGUGGUGGCAUGAGUCAAUCAGAUCUGGCACCGUCACCAUCAUCAUCGCGGGCAUGGCUUUCUUCUGGGCUAUUCCUAUUGCCUUUACGGCGUCAAUUGCCAACAUUGAUGGUCUGGUUGAGAGGUUCCCGUGGCUGGACUGGAUCAAGAAGGCGCCCAUCGAUAAGGUCGCUUCUGCGAUUGCUGGUGUCUUGCCAGCGAUUCUACUCGCCCUCCUGCUCUUCAUUGUCCCUCAUAUCCUCGAACAGCUUGCCCUCUUCCGAGGUGUCAAGACGGGAUCACAGAAAGCAGAAUUCGUCCAGCGAUUCUACUUCGUCUUCCUCUUCAUCCAAGUCUUCCUUGUCGUUUCCAUCGCGUCAUUCUUUACCGCGUCGGCCGAAAAGUUGGCCAAGAACUUCGAAGGCCUUACCAAUGUCACGAACAUUCUGGAUCUCCUUGCCGACAACCUACCAAGAGCGUCGAACUACUUCUUUUCCUACAUGUUGCUCCAGGCAUUGUCUGUGAGUUCUGGUACAUUGCUUCAGAUCGGUGCUGUACUGGUUUGGUAUAUUCUGGCCAGGGUUCUUGAUUCUACAGCCCGCGACAAGUGGAAGCGGAACACGACCUUGUCAAAAAUUGCGUGGGGUCAAUUCUUCCCCGUCUACACCAACUUUGCCUGCAUUGCACUUGUUUACUGCGUCGUUGCCCCACUCAUUUCGCUAUUCGCGGUCCUGACGUUUGGCUUGCUGUGGUUUGCUCAACGCUACAGUAUGCUCUAUGUUACGCGGUUCGAGAAUGAUACAGGCGGCGUCUUGUAUCCCCGCGCGAUCAAUCAGACGUUCACGGGCCUGUACGUGAUGGAGGCUUGCUUGGCAGGCUUGUUUUUCAUCGUGCAAGAUGAGCAUGAUAACAACACUGCCGUACCGCAGGGUGUCAUUAUGCUCAUCACCAUAGGAUUUACAGCCGUUUACCAAGUUUCCCUCAAUACGUCUUUCUCGCCGCUGUUCCGAUACUUGCCCAUCACCGUCGAAGAUGAGGCAGUCAUCAGAGACGAAGCAUUUCAACGAGCACAGAACAAGCGCCUUGGACUCGGCGACGACGACGAUGAUGAAGACGAUGAGAAGACGCCCAUGAGAAAUGGAGACGGUGCCGGCUCGGUCAACCGCGAUAUCGAAAUGCAAACCAUGAGUAACGGAGCACCGAAAAGGAAGCCUUCGACUAUGCGUAAGGUCAAAGAUGUCGGUCACUGGGCUAAGCGGGAGGGCAAAAACCUGCGUAGCAAGACAUGGAAGAUGGGCCCCGCACCCGUACACACGGCAGCCGAGUACCGACGUCAGCAGCGAAAUAAGGAUCUCGAGGCUCAACGGGCACUGGGAGAAGCGUUGUAUGGCGGUUUCCACGACGAAAUCGAAGACUUGACGCCCGAUGAGCGUGACGCACUCGUUAAGAACGCGUUCAAGCAUUACGCUCUUCGGGCGCGCGCGCCUGCAGUCUGGUUGCCCCGCGACGAUAUUGGGGUGAGCGAUGACGAGAUUCGGCGCACCAAGGAGUACAGCGAACACAUCUGGAUCAGUAACGAGGGCACGGCUCUCGACAGCAAGGUUCGCGUGGUGUACGGCGCCAACCCGCCCGAUUUCUCAGAGAUUGACAUUAUCAACCUUUGAAUUGUAUAUUUGAAUAUGUAAUGAAACAAACGCAUAUACCCAGCCGGCGUUAAGGGGAAACAUUAGCAUUAGAGAAG